AAAGUAUUUUCAAGUUUGUUCACAAUAUAUUAGAGAAAAGCUGUUUGAAAGCUAUGAUUACUUAAUUUUAAGAAGAAAAACUCCUGUUAAGAAUAGCUCUCCCUUUUAACUUUGAACAUGGAAUUGCAAACGUAGAGCUGAGAAGGAAGAGUUGAGAUUUGCUGAACCUUUACAACAUGCCUUUUGUUAAUAUGAAAAAGGCCUCCAGCCAGGCCGGGGGAGGCAAGAGUUUUGCAGUUCGAGUUACAACCAUGGAUGCAGAGCUAGAAUUUUCAUAUAUAGAGCACAAGGCAACUGGAAAAGAUUUAUUUGAGCUAGUGUGUAGAACUAUUGGACUGAGGGAAACUUGGUACUUUGGACUACAGUUUGUUGACUCUAAGGGAUACAUUUCAUGGUUGAAAUUUGACAGAAAGGUUCUUGAUCAAGAUGUUCCCAAAGAUUCUCCAGUUCCUUUUCUGUUUCUUGCCAAAUUUUACCCAGAGGAUGUUUCAGAAGAGUUGAUACAAGAGAUAACACAACAUUUAUUUUUUCUGCAAGUGAAGCAGUCCAUCCUUAACAUGGAUAUCUACUGUCCUCCAGAGGCUUCCGUUUUGUUGGCCUCGUAUGCUGUUCAAGCAAAGUAUGGUGAUUAUGACCCAGCAAACUACAAGCCUGGUAUGUUGUCCAGUGAUGACCUUUUACCCCAGCGAGUGAUCGACCAGUACCAGAUGACCCCAGAAAUGUGGGAGGAUCGAAUCAAGGAGUGGUAUGCUGACCACAAAGGGAUGUCCAGUGAUGAAGCUGAGAUGGAGUAUCUAAAGAUAGCUCAAGAUCUGGAGCAAUAUGGUGUGAACUAUUUUCAGAUUAAGAAUAAAAAGAACACAGAGCUUUGGCUGGGUGUGGAUGCUUUAGGACUUAAUGUAUAUAAUCAGAAUAACAGACUAGAACCUAAAAUUACCUUCCCUUGGAGUGAAGUCAAAAAUAUCUCGUUUAAAGAAAAAAAGUUUGUGAUUAAACCAGUUGGAAAGAAAGUCCCAGAUUUUAUUUUCUAUGCACCUAAAGUGAAAAUUAAUAAACUAAUUUUAGAGUUAUGUGUAGGAAACCAUGAGUUGUUUAUGAGAAGGAGAAAACCUGAUUCUAUGGAGAUUCAGCAAAUGAAAGCCAAUGCCAGAGACGAGCGACAGCGGAAAAGGUGUGACAGAGCAAAACUGGCCAAAGAAAAACAACUGAAAGAAGAAGCUUUGAAAGAAAAGGCAGACCUAGAGAGAAAGCUGUCUCUGAUGCAGGAGGAAGUGAGGACCGCUCAGGAAAUGUUGAAACGAUCUGAGGAAACUACAGAACUGUUAGCGGAGAAGGCGAGGUUCGCCGAGGAGGAAGCUCAACUUCUGACCCAGAAAGCCUCAGACACGGAGAGGGAGAUACAAAGCAUCAAAAUUACUGCCAUCAAGACUGAGGAGGAGAGAAUCUUAAUGGAGUUCAGAGCAAGGGAAUAUGAAAUGAUUGCCACCAAGUUACUAGAGGACUCGGAAAGGAGAGCAAAAGAGGCAGAACAGCUGAAGGAAGAACUCAGUCAGGCGAGACUGUCAGAAAAGUUAGCCAAAGAGAGGCUGCUGGAGGUGGCACGGGUCUCUCCUACUUACCCUACCAUGUUUCCCCUUGCCUCAUUAACCUCUGACCUCUCGGAUUUCCACAUUGGACCAACUCAUGUUCCUAUUGAUGGGGAAAUCAGCUGUGAACUACUGGGGGACGGGGACAUGGAUCAAUUGUCCCAAGAGAUAGAAAGAGAAAGAGUUGAAUACAUGGAGAAGUCAAAACACCUUCAGGAACAACUGAAGGAGCUCAAGUCUGAAAUAGAGGUGCUAAAGGUUGAGGAGAAAGAAACAGAUCUGGACAGGCUACAUGAGAGCAGUAUCCAGAGAGGGGAUAGUAAAUAUUCUACACUCAGACAGGCUAAAGCAAAUUCUGCUCAAGCACGUGUGGCAUUCUUUGAGGAACUAUGAUAAAAAUGUGAUAUGUGGGAUUGACACUCGUAUAAUCCAUACCUUAUGCUUGCAAACCAGUAUUACUGCCUAGAAGGCCACUUAAGCUGUAAUGGUGCUGCAUUUUAUGAUCAAUAUUUAUUACUUUCCUUUAGUGCUGGCCAUUUGAUGGAAUUGAAAUCAGUGUAGGAAGAAGAGUAGGACUUAGGGGUUAUAUUUUAAAUUUGAAUUGGCUUUUAUUUUGCAUUUUAUUUGACACAAGUUUUAUUUCAAAUGUUGUGUUCAUCAUUGCCAUACAAACUUGUUUUAAUUACAAAAUGACUGAUGUUUUUUUCUGUAAAUCAAUUUGUAACCCUUCCUGAGGAGUUUGAAUUUUUUUUUCUCAUGUGUUUCUUUCAUCAUGACUUUAACAUUGAACAAUAAUCUAUGUCAUGUUUAUAAGUUUACAUGUGUACUCUGAGCACAUUCAUUGUCUUUCAAAUUUACUUAAACCCACCAUGGUACCUAACUGUUCAUGUUAAAAAUUGUUAUGUCAUGUGAUAUUGUUUACUCUUUUGUCUUGCCACUCCAUGUAAGAAUUUUAAUGAAAAUUCAGUGGAUAUCUAAAUUGGAAAUUCUGUACAGUUUUAGGUUGCAGAUUCCCAUCAAAUUUUCUUCAGUGGGCAUUCAAAUGUAAAAGAUCUCUUACAGAAGUAAAUAUACAAAUUGUAGGUUGUAUUCAUUUAAUACUGGUAAGCAGUGUCAUAUGAUGACUAGAAAUUUUUCAAUUUAAGCUGUAGAUCAGUCUAUUCAAGUACAUGUAUUUCCUUAUUUAUACUUAAAUGAUAUUCUGUUUUAAAAUUUUUGAAAUCCUGUUGUUGGUAUGGUAAUGAACAUAUACAGAUAAUAUUUUAUCCAGCCAACAUAUCUUAAAAUUUGUUUUGUAGCUUUUAUUCAACCAUGCAACCUGUACCAAGUCUCAGUUGACUACUGUGGCCCAACACACCUCCAUUAUUACUUGUAUUUUAAAGUACAUUUAUCAUGCAUAAUAUUUCUAACAUCUCUAACUAGUUCAUAAAUUUGACUAUACCUACAGGGUUGUAUAAUAGGUAUAUAGAUGUAGAGCUGCUGGGAAGUGUCUUAUAAUGUGGGCAAGAUGGCAGAAAUAGUUUUGUAAAAAUAGUUGACCUCAUUUGAAGAACUCAGUGUAUUUAUAAUGUUAUGCUUAGUAAAUUUAUUUUUCAUUCUUAUAAACCUGUCCCUAGAAUUAAAGCUGGAAAUCAACAUCACACAGUCUUUGAGACAUUGUCAUUGACCCCUUGCCACUCAAUAAUAAAUGUUUGUAUUUGAAAGUGUUAAGAGAAGAAAUACCUUGUUUGGCAUCCUUUAGAGUAUUUAAACUACAACUAUGCAUGAUGUAGAUGUUUAAAAGUCCAUGGUUGCUUUCAGUCAACAUUGCAAGAGAAAAUUUUUUUUUUGUGUGGACAUUCUGAAUGAUUUUUUUCCAUUCAUUGUUAAAAUAUGUGAUGUAUAAACAAAAUCCUUAUUGUGAUCUGCUUAAAUUUAGUUUUAAAAACACUACUGAAUGUUCAUCAAUACCUAUAUUGUAAGAGAGAACUGGUUGUACUGUAUUUUGAGAGAACAAAGAAAUGUGCAAUAACAUUAUCAAUAAAUCUAUGUCAGUUUUC